UCAAUUUGCAUUGCAAUACAGCAACAGGCCAACCGCGUUACUUUAUAUUAAUGGAUUCAGGAUUAAUAAAAUCAUAGCCAUGGACAACGAUGACAUAACAUUACCAGCGGACACCUUAGCUAUAUUGAAUGAAUUCUUAGCGGAACGCUCAAAGCGUGAACAUGACGAAGAGCAGCGUAUGUUAAACAAAACGGGCAAAGAUGCACAUUUCGAAGAGGAUUGGCAACUUAGUCAAUUUUGGUACAGCGAUCGUACGAAACGUGCAAUAGGCACUGCAGUAGCCAAACUUGUAAAGGAACAUAACAGCUCAGACUUUCGCAUUGCUUUAUUAUCAUGUCCAUCGCUGUAUGCAACUAUCAAGGAUGUGCAUGACCAGGUCAACAUAUUUGAGUACGAUCAGCGAUUCGCUGCCUAUGGCACUGACUUUGUGCACUAUGAUUUCAAUGCCGUGGACAGCUGCUCGGACUACCUACUUGGGCACCAUAAAUGCUAUGAUCUGAUAAUUGCCGAUCCACCAUUUCUCUCCGAGGAGUGCAUGAGCAAGAUGUCAAAGAUAAUAAUUAAUUUACAGCGCAGCAGCGCAUCCAAGCUGGUAUUUUGUUCUGGCGAAGUGGUUGAACCGUGGUUAGUCGCCAGUUUGCCGCUGCACAAAUGCAAUUUUCGGCCGGAGCAUGAACGUAAUUUGGGCAAUGAGUUUGUUUGUUUUGCCAACUUUAAUUUCGACCAUUAUAUUGAAAAUAAUAAAUAACACAUGGUUGUCCGUAUCAACGGAGACUGUUAAAUGCCUUGAAUGGAAA